AAAAUGCUUUAUGCACUCUUGCUCCUACAUUAAUCUAUUUUUUGAAUUUCUUCAAACCCAAUUCUUCUCCCUCCCUCCAUUUACUCCCUCAAAUCUCUCUCCAAUCCCCUAUUUCUUAAUCAAGACAAUCAUCUCUUAUCCUCUGUGAGUGUAAACCAAAAAAGAAUGAAAAGAGGGUAAAGAUCACCCCCACCAAAAAUAAACAGGGUUUCUAGGAAACCAGAAGAUUCCCAUGAAUAAAGCAUAAAACUCAUUCAUGGACCAUAGAAUUCAUCUAUGCAGACCCUUUUCUUUUGAGUUUUAACCCUUAUCUUCAAUCCCACAUUCUACGAAUCUUUGAGGGAAAAAUAAAAUAAAAUUCAAACCCUAACCCUACUCUGUUAUUUCUUGAAAAUCCAAGAAAAUCAGCAGAUUGGCCAGAAAGCUAGGGAGUUUCCAUCUGGGCAUUUCCCGAAUCUUCAAGAUUUUGAAAGGAUUAUGUCACAGAUGAAGCAUAUUGACAAUAAUCCAUCAACCCCAGGGAAGUGCAAGAUGGAGAAAUCUCCAUAUAGUAGGCCGAGGCUGCAUUAUUCUCUAGCCAAGCUCACUUUCUGGUCCUUUGUUUUUAUAGGCUCGAUAUUCUUCUUUUUCUUUAGAUCACCCUCUUCUUCAUCACCUGUCCCCUCGGAUCUCUCUAGGAGAUCCCUCAGAACAAGUUCCUACGGUGGCCCUGCCUGGGAGAAAAGGAUCAGAGCCUCAGCUAAAAUUAGGUCAAGAAAUGGGAUAUCUGUUUUGGUCACUGGUGCUGCAGGUUUUGUAGGAACCCAUGUCUCCACUGCCCUCAAACGCCGUGGUGAUGGCGUUCUUGGGCUCGAUAAUUUCAAUAAUUAUUAUGAUUCACUCCUUAAAAGAGCGCGACAAUCGCUCUUGGAGCACACGGGAGUGUACAUUGUGGAGGGUGAUAUCAAUGAUGCUGCCCUGAUGAAGAAGCUUUUCGACAUUGUUCCCUUCACCCAUGUUAUGCAUUUGGCUGCGCAGGCUGGUGUACGAUAUGCUAUGGAAAAUCCUAGCUCCUAUGUGCAUAGCAACAUUGCUGGCCUCGUUAGUCUUUUUGAGGUUUGUAAAAGUGCCAAUCCUCAGCCUGCGAUCGUGUGGGCGUCCAGUAGUUCUGUAUAUGGAUUGAAUUCCAAGGUGCCCUUUUCAGAGAGGGAUAGGACAGACCAUCCUGCUAGCUUGUACGCCGCCACUAAGAAGGCUGGCGAGGAGAUUGCACAUACUUACAAUCAUAUAUAUGGACUUUCACUUACUGGAUUGAGGUUCUUCACGGUUUAUGGACCUUGGGGUAGACCAGACAUGGCGUAUUUCUUUUUUACUCGGGAUAUUUUGAAGGGAAAGUCGAUCCCUAUCUUUGAAGCAGCCAAUCAUGGUACAGUUGCGAGGGAUUUCACCUACAUUGACGACAUUGUGAAGGGUUGUUUAGCAGCAUUAGACACGGCUCAGAAGAGUACUGGUAGCGGUGGCAAGAAGAAAGGACCAGCUCAAUUACGGGUGUACAAUUUGGGGAACACAUCUCCUGUGCCUGUUUCAAAUCUCGUGAGCAUUUUGGAGAGAUUACUCAAGGUGAAAGCAAAGAGGUUGAUUAUGAAGUUGCCGAGGAACGGGGAUGUGCAGUUCACUCACGCAAACAUCAGCUUGGCUCAGACUGAGCUUGGCUAUAAACCCACAACAGAUCUACAGACGGGGUUGAAGAAAUUCGUUCAGUGGUAUCUCAGGUACUACGGCAAUGGAAAGAAAAGCGCGCAAUAAUACAAUUUAUUCGCUAGCAGUAGGAUCAUUUUAUUCGUGCUCAUUUCGAUUCUUAUGAUUUUUUAACCUGUUAGUAGUCCAAUUACCUUGUUUUAUGUUGAGGAAAUUCACGAUCCCACGAGGAAGAAGUUUUUGUGGUCAGUGGGCAAUGCUUGCCCGGACAUUCUUAUCUGUAUCAAAGGACAAAACCAACUUCUGUUUGUCAUAGGGAUGUAGAUUGUAGCAUUAUGACUAAGAAUAAAUUUGCUGAUUGAUUGAUCUGUA